GGCACCGUGUCCCUCCGCCCAUUGGUCGGACUGAUGAAACCCGGGCAACUCGCACACGAGCCGCUCGCGUGCAGGCUCGGGCUCUAUAAAUAAACCCGGAGGCGCUGGAAACAGGAGCGGACUGGUGUCAGCUUGGCGAGGAGACAGAAGUCACUUGUGACAUUUGUCAUCAGUAAACUGCUCCGCGGUGUGCCAGGGGAAGGCGGGACUCACUGCACGGGACUCACUUUUUUAAUCGUUUAUUCAUAAAGUUUUUUAAUUUGGACAUUGUUUUAACCUGAAGAUGCCAGCCGGUAAUUUCGAGCGGACAUCUCCGUCCAGUGUGGCUGCCACACCGACAACAAGUGGGGACUCCACACCCGAGAAACCCCGGAGUCUGACCGAGAGCAGAAAGUCCUCCAAACCAAUCAUGGAAAAGCGGAGACGUGCGCGCAUCAAUGAGAGCCUUGGCCAGCUGAAGACCCUCAUCCUGGACGCUCUCAAGAAAGAUAGCUCCAGACACUCCAAACUGGAGAAGGCGGACAUCCUUGAGAUGACUGUGAAGCACCUCAGGAACCUGCAGAGACUUCAGAUGACUGCUGCUGUGAACACAGACCCGUCUGUCCUGGGUAAAUACCGAGCCGGGUUCAGCGAGUGUGUCGGAGAGGUCACCCGUUUCCUGUCCACGUGUGAAGGGGUGAACACAGAGGCGAGGACUCGUCUCCUCAGCCACCUGGCAGCCUGCGUGACCCAAAUCAACGCUGUGAACUUCUACACACCUCACCCAGGUGCGCUGGGACUCGGGCAGACCGGUACACAGAUUCCUCCUACUGCCUCCACUCCACAGAUGCCUUGUAAAAGUGUCUCCGCGAUGCACGCCUCACCAGAAGCGAUGAAGCUGUACGGUGGCUUCCAGGUUGUGCCGACACCGGAUGGACAAUUCGCUUUUCUCGUCCCCAACGCGGCUCUUGUGCCUCUUGGUGCACAAAACAGUCACCACAUGUCACCUGUCGCAGCUCCGCUCACCUCAGACUCUGUGUGGAGGCCGUGGUAGGAAAUCAGCUCGGCUGGUUCUUCGGGGGACUAUCAAACGAUAUAAAAACAUAUUUUUGUACAUUUUGUAAAUGUUUUCAAAACCUACAUGAGAGGGAUGUUUACGCACAUUUGUGUUUUUUAUAAGGACAUUAGGAGAUAUUCUUGGCCUCUAUGCUUGCUGUGAUUUUCUCUGUUUUUGAUACGGCAUAUUUGCCUCAAGAGGUCAAGAAGAUUCUUGAAAAGCACUGUAUUUUUUGAGAUUAAUAAAAUGUUUCUAUGA